AUGGUUAGUUUCAAUGAAUUGAAAAAGGCUCUUAUGAGGGAUGCCACGACGGAGAUGUCGUCCCCGAAUCAACCGUUAUCUGACUCUCAGUACAACAAAGGUUUCGACAUAUUGAUGAAUGGAUCAGAAUGGAGAUCAUACGAAGACUUUAUCAUCCCCGAAUUAUCUCAACAACUAAUCUCACUUCUCGCUACACGUUCCACUUUUUCAGUGAUUGAGAUUGGACCCGGUCCAAAGAGCGUACUUGGUUAUGUGCCCCUCCAUCUUAGACGGAAGAUUAGAAGAUACGCUGCAUUUGAGCCCAACACAAUAUCAGCUACAAGUUUGGAAGACUGGAUUUCUUCUUACCCGGAAUCCAACUCGCCAUUUCCUUGCUUGGAAACUGCACCCAAUAUCUAUAGAGUACCUUUUGUUUUCGAUGAUGAAGAGAAGAGCAAUAUCAUCAAAACAGAUCCUAGUAAUGACGGGCAAACUUUCGAUCUCAUUCUCUUUUGUCAUAGCAUGAAUGGCAUGAAGCCGAAAGAAACAUUCAUCAAAAAAGCGCUAAAAAUGCUUGUUUCAAGCCCAGAAAGUGGAAAAGUAGUGAUAUUUCAUCGCGACCAGUGCUUUGAGCUUGCUGGAUUGACUUCUUAUCGUACGGCUAUCUUUCCAACAGGGACUAUCUCUGUAGCAGACAAAAACGAGACGUUGGAUGCCUUUUCUCCCUUCGUCGCGGGUUUCAUCAAGCAGGAUGUGGAAGUGGAUAUUGCUUUACGAAUCAAGUGGAGAGAGACAUGUCGCACCUUGGCUUUUCAUGAUGAAAAGCUGCCAGGGUAUCUGUUGUUCAGCUCGCCUCAGUGUAUGGUAUCCAUGACAAGAGAUGCGAAUGUGUUACCCUAUCUCGUAUCACAGAUACCAUUAGCGAAAGAAGACCGAAUUUUCAAAAGCUGGGAGGCUCGCUUGCAUCGACCUACUUCGAUCUUCAGGCCAACAACGGUGAAGCAUGUCCAACAAUGCAUUCAAUGGGCUCUGAAGCAUAAAUCAAAACUUACUGUAAUUGGUGGUGGCCACAGCGCACACUGUCUGUGGCCCAAUGUCGUCUCACUCGAUAUGGAAGCCUUCAAUCGAGUACACGUUAUCAACUCGAGUGAUGGUGUAGAUAAAGAUAAUACCCGUCUUGGCUCCACCUCUCUAAUUGUAGCUGAGGCCGGAUGCAAAUCAGGAGAUAUCAUUCAAAAAGCGAUGGAGUUGGGUUUGACAGUGCCUUUUGGCUCUCGACCAAGUGUGGGAGCUGGCUUAUGGUUACAAGGCGGCAUUGGGCAUUUAUCUAGGCUUCAUGGGCUGGCUUGCGACAAUAUUGUAGGUGCUGUUAUAGUCAGUGUUAUUUCUGGUCAGGUCCUCCAUAUCGGACAAGUACCGACCCAAAAUUUGCCAGCCGGUGCAAUAAGACCCAAAAACGAAAUCGAUUUGUUGUGGGCAAUCAAAGGCGCUGGAACAAACUUCGGGGUUGUUAUCAGCGUCACUUUCAAAAGCUUUUGGGCUCCGAACUAUUCCGUUCGCAAAUGGAUCUUUCCUGUCAGUAAAGACACCGAAAUUCGGCUCAAGCUUGGUGAUAUCAACUCUAUCGCUAAAGAUCUUCCUCGGAGCUGUUCAAUAGACGCAUAUCUGUACUCGAAUAACAAUCAGCUGCAUCUUGGAGUGACCUUGUUUCAAGCUUCGAGGAACAAGAACUUCGAAGUGCCUCCUCUGGUAGACAGUAUUCUGGGACCAGUCAACCAAUGCGAAGAAGUGGAUAGUGUCGGCUUAUUUGAGACUGAAAUGUACAUAUCGACGAUGCACGGCGGGCAUGUAAAAACCUCCUCAUUUAAGCGAUGCUUGUUCUUCAAUGAUAUUGAAGAUACCCAAAUCAUCGAUAUCUUAACAGCAGCUAUCCGGAACCGCCCCACACCAUUCUGCUAUUUCCAUCUGCUACAUUGUGGUGGGGCAAUUCGUGAUAACACAACAGAAGCCUCUGCUUUUGGGUGCCGUGAUUGGGAAUUUGCCUGUGUCGUCACUGGCGCCUGGUCUCGCAGCCAAGUUGGAACUGAACCAGUUCAAACCACUGUUCAGUGGGUCUAUGAUAUCGUCAAGAAGUUGUUGCCAUUUUCUACCGGGGUCUACAGUGCCGACCUUGGACCAGACCCUAGGGAUAAGACACUGGUGACUAAUGCAUUCGGAGUAAACUUGCCGCGUCUGGCACAGCUAAAACGUACUAUGGACCCAUACAAUAUUAUAGCUUACGCCUGCCCAUUGUUUGAGCCUCCGAUAAAACAGAAAUUGGUUAUUCUUGUCACAGGUGACAGUGCAGCUGGUAAAGACUUUUGCGCUGAGAUCUGGGUCACCGUAAUGACCGCAUGCACCAGUCGAAUGCUCACAGCACGUUCAGUCAGUAUUAGUGAUGCCACUAAGCGAGAAUAUGCCACAGAGACUGGUGCAGAUAUCAAUCGGCUUCUUUCGGAUCGUUCUUAUAAAGAAGAACACCGACCAGCAUUGACAAAAUUCUACAAGAAACAGGUGGUCAAUCGGCCUCGGUUACCAAUGGAACACUUUGAGAGUGUUGUACGUGAUUCUGGUAAUCUUGACGUGCUUUUCAUUACUGGCAUGAGAGACGAGGCGCCACUUACAAAUUUCUCACACUUGGUACCAGACAGCAGAGUUCUCGAUGUCCGGGUCAACGCUAGUCGAAUGGUGCUUCGAGCUCGCAAAGGGGACCAUGAUGAAGAAAUUAUAGCUACGAACCUCGAUGGACCAAACCUGUCCACUUUACAUUAUUGCCCCAGUCUCAUAUUUGACAACGAGACAGCAGGAAGUGAAGCUGCGGAAACUUUUGCCAAAAAGUUUCUCCUGCCAUUCCUACAUGAGGACUUCACGCAACUUGCAAAUAUGGUACGAGCGGUACCCAAUCAUCCACGUCAGGGUGUGAUUUUUCGUCACGUACUGGACAUUUGUCAACAACCGGGUGGAUUGACCUUAUGCACAGAUCUGCUGCAAAGGCACUUCAUUGGUGAAUGGGCUAAAGUCGAUACUCUAGUUUGUUGCGAAUCCGGUGGGUUUGUGUUUGCAUCAGCUUUAGGAGCUCGGACUGGUAUACCAUUGGCAUUAGUUCGAGGAUCUGGCAAAUUACCACCACUCACUAUCUCAGUCGAAAAGUCGCCAUCACAUAUCUCGUCUACGGAAUCGGGCGAGUUACAACAGAAAAGGUUUGAGAUGGAUCCAGGUCUGGUUAGCAAAAGUAACUCUGUUGUGGUCGUGGAUGAUGUACUUGCAACGGGAAGAACGCUCUGUGCAGUGCUAAAGUUAUUGAUGAAAGCUGGCGUUGGGGCUAAGGAUAUCAGAGUUAUGGUCGUUGCCGAGUUCCCUACUCAUAGUGGCCGAGAAUUCUUACGUCGGGAAGCUUUUGGGGAAGUCAGGAUUCAAAGCCUUUUGGUUUUUGGUGGUGUUUAA